CAUGCUAUGCCAGCAGUGACAUAGAAGGGUGGGGGUGUGAAUCUAAAACCGGUCCCACAUCAGGAAACCCGAAUAAUACCGACAGGACUCACUCUAACACAGAACAACCUGCUGACUCCAUCUGAAUCACAUUCCAUCAUGUCUGAGUUUAUCUCUGGCGUCAGCUAUGAAGAAUGCAAGACCACAGCUGAUUGGCUGCUGUCGAACACACAGGUGCGGCCGAUUGUGGGAAUCGUGUGCGGUUCAGGCCUGGGAGGUCUGGCUGAAAUGAUCAAGGACCCGCAGAUUUUCAAAUACAGCGAUAUUCCCAAUUUCCCCCGGAGUACAGUGCAUGGUCAUGCUGGCCGGCUCGUGUUUGGAACACUAAAAGGGAAGCCAUGUGUAUGCAUGCAGGGCAGGUUCCACCUGUACGAGGGCUACCCCAUCCAGAAGAUCACAUUGCCCAUGCGCGUCUUCAAGCUGAUGGGCGUAGAGACGAUGAUAAUGACCAACGCAGCCGGAGGCCUCAACCAGGACUACAAAGUGGGGGACAUCAUGGUCAUCAAGGACCACAUCAACAUGCCAGGGUUUGCUGGGGUCAACCCGCUGUCUGGACCCAAUGAUGACAGGUUUGGCUUGCGUUUCCCCUGCAUGUCUGAUGCCUACGAUCGCAAGCUCCGGCAGCUGGCGCACGACGUGGCCGCAGACCUGGGCUUUAGUGAAUUUGUGCGUGAAGGUGUGUACUGCGUCCUCGGAGGCCCCUCCUUCGAAACCAUCGCCGAGUGCCGCAUGCUGCACAUGCUAGGCGCUGAUGCUGUCGGGAUGAGCACAGUACACGAGGUGAUCGUCGCCCGCCACGCCGGGAUGCGCUGCUUCGCCUUGUCUCUGAUCAGCAACCGCGCAGUGAUGGACUACGACAGCCAUGAGAAGGCCAACCACGAAGAGGUCCUGGAGACGGGCAGGCUGAGGGCCGAGCAGAUGGAGAAGCUCGUGUCCACCAUUGUGGCUCAGCUGGAGCAUAACAUCAAUAACUGAUAGAUGACCUGGUGGCCACCGUCACUGCACUUGAUCUCUGCAUCACAGCUAGAGGAUUUCUAUCAAAACGCUUAGCUGAAAGCAAUUUUUAAAGCACAAUGCUUGUAGAAUGAUGAACUACUUUCUUAGCAAAACUUUUUAGUCUUAUGAGCUUGGAAACUGGUCCACAUAAUAAGCUUUGUUUACAUUUACACUGCACAGAUACUGUGUUAGGACAAAAGUUCUCUUGACUAUUUCCUGCUGUAGUAUACUGUACUGUGUCCAGCUGCAAAGGGAUUCAUGGAAACAGUAUCGUGUUAUAAAACCUAAAUUAUUAACCUAUUUAUUUCUCAUUCUCUUACAUUCCCUCACAUCAACUAUUCGCUAAUAUGAAAAACAAAUGGUGUUCACAUUUUUUUUUAUUUAAGAGGACCAACUCAUUCAGCAUACGUUCCUGUCAAUUUGACUAAAGUGGUAAUAAUGUUCCUUUUUUUGUAGAGAAAAUGUAAAUUAUAAACUAUUUAUAGAAAAUGUAUUUAAGUAGGUUUUUUGUAUUUGUUUUUUUUAAUGUAUAGACUACAUUGAAGAAAGAGACAUGGCACAGUUAUGAAAGAAAGUAGAUUACAUUAAAAAUGGCUUGCCAUUUCCUGUCACUGUGUAAACUAACAGGCCGGCUGUGCGUCAGCCUGUGCUUUUAGUGGUACUUUACUAAGAUCUGUAACAACUAUAGCUCAGCUUUUACAAUAAAUUACUCUGUUGGAGAACUAAAGUGGUUUUUGUGUGCUGCGUUUGAAACUGUGGGGCUGAAUGUUUCUGUGAUCAAUCACAGGAUGUCUCUCUCCAGUCAUCUUGAAAUGAUUUAAAUCAAUCUUCAUUUUCAUUAAGAGACUCAAAAUUAAAGUAAUGUUUUUUUGUUA